ACGGUACACUUUCGCAGCUGCGGCAGUGGCUCACGGACGCAGGCUGAUAGCGCGCGUCUGUUUUUAUGUUGGCGACCAGCACUUCGACGUUCCAAGGCAGGACCUGCCGUGUUGCCCUGCCUUCAGGCUAGGCUGCAAUAACCGGCUGGCGUACAUCGACAGACUCAAAACGUCUUCUGGCGCGCCACAGCCCAAUUCUGGAAUUCAAAACCCAUCACUUCCCGCGCAAGAACGUGGCUGCUGCUCCCGCCAUCUGUAAACAACGGACGCAAGCUCUUAAAUCUUAUCGCUGGUGGCUGGUGGGCGUGGAACUGUUCACUUUGGCAGCUGCGGCAGCGUCUCACGGCCGCGGGCUCACACCGCGCGUCUGUUUUUCAGCAUGGAGCAGCAAAUUACUCCCGUGCGCGUGAUCCUGGUGACAGGAUCGAGUGGCUUCCUCGGCCAGCAUGUGGUGAAGGAGCUGCAAGAAGAGAAGCCCGCUGCUAUCCGAGAAAUACGGCUGUUCGACAACCGGCCCUACGUGAAGAGGAUCGGUCGUCAGGUCUCCGAGCCUAUAGCGAUGAAAGAACACGUGGGAGACAUUUGCGACGCCGCUGCUUUAGGUGCAGCGCUGAACGGAGCCGACGCGGUCAUUCACUGCGCGUCCAUCGUCGACCCGAGAUUCUUCGCCGACUCUGAAGCUAUGGAACGAGUCAACGUCCGAGGCACCUCAAACCUGGUUGAAUCGUGCGUCGCUCAAGGCGUUCCGUACAUCCUAUACGUAAGUUCUGUGGGCGCGACGCCACUGGUGAGGAGAAGCCGGUUCUCUUUACCUUUCCCCGAAUACGUCGGAGCUUACGGAGAGACCAAGGCACGCGCAGAGGACAUCGUGGUCAGGUCCAACGGACGACUUCUCUCUCACGGAAAAGGACGACUGCGCACGUUAGCAAUCCGCCUGCCUCCCUUAUACGGGGAGUUGGAUCAAGUUUUCAUCACCAAGUGCCUGCGGAUCUCCAAGCUCACGUUUAACUUCGUUUUUAGCCUCGACUACGGAGUGCAGGGCAUGUAUGCGGGAAACGCCGCUUCUUUGGCUGUUCAAGGCAUCAAAAUCCUGGCCGCUCCUGCAUCGGAUGACGUCUCCGGAAAAUUCUUGUAUGCUGCAGACGAUACGACUCACGACAUUUCGCUGGUGCUCGGGCCCAUCGCUGAAGCUCGUGGCGUGCGCAUGUUCCCUUUCAAUGUGCCCUCGUGGCUCGUCCUUAUAAUUUCCUGCCUCUUCUGGAGCUUUGCGCUGCUGCUUCGUCCACUGUUCCAGAUUAACUAUGAGUCGGUACCCAGUCCUAUGGAAGUUGUAUUCAUCAGGCGUUGUCCGACAUACGACGGAAACGAAGCCGCAAGGAACCUGGGCUGGAAGCCUAAGUACAGCGUCCAGCAGGCGAUCACCGCCUCUCUAGACUAUUACAGAAACGUGAAGCUGUGAAUGCAAACCGAACACUGUCUGAGAACUUUCGCGCCUUACAGUUCCUCGCAGAACAUCACCAGGGUUCGUUUCGCUACCACUUUUCGAAACUUUUUCGUGAAGAACAGUACUUCCAUAAGCACAGCUUUGAUUGCUGUCCUCUGCUAUGGUAAAAAGUAAGCUCGGUCAGGAAACGGAUAGCGUAAAAGAGACGUCAAAAACGACUAAUUAUGCGCCCUACUCUCUGGUACGCCACUGCUGUAUGCUGCAAACUAAUAAAUACAUACCCGCCAUGGUGGCUUAGCGGCUAAGCUGUUGCACUUCUAAGCACAGGGUCGCGGGAUCAAAUCCCGGCUGCGGCAACCUCUUUUUGACGGCGCCUGAACGCACAAAUGCCCGCGUCCCGGCAUUGAAGGCACGGUAAAGAUCCCCAGGUGGUAAAACAUGCCCCAGUCCCCCACACUACGGCAUGUGUCAUAACCAAAUAAUUUAAAUAACAUUCAAUAACAGCGUGAAAAUUAUAUGUUCAAAAUCAGACCCCUCACCACGUCACAAACCUAUAUCAACCAUACACUAGCACCUUCACCUUAACGAUCAUUAUAUUGAAAUAGCCUUCAAAAUCUGCUGGUUGGUUUUCCAUCGUUGGUUGCUUAAACAGAUUGCACGAGCUUACACAGGCAUCACUGCAAACAUCUAUUUAAAUCCACUGGCUUAUAUAUCACUGGAGCUUAACUAUAGCGGAAAAAUCAGACCAUCCCCCAAUUCCAGCUUCUUCAUAGUAUAACACAGGACAAUAAGCAGACGAACGCAGUGGGCAGCGCAGCACAUGGUACUCACCCUGUUGCCCUUAAGCAGCACCUGCGCAGUGCGUCUAAGUUGGUCUCGCCCUGCUGCCCUUAAGCAGCACCUGCGCAGUGCGUCUAAGUUGGUCAUGUCGAAGCACUGACACCACUAACCCGCCGUGGUUGCUCAGUGGCUAUGGUGUUGGGCUGCUGAGCACGAGGUCGCGGGAUCGAAUCCCGGCCACGGCGGCAGCAUUUUUACGGGGCGAAGUGCGAAAACACCCGUGUACUUAGAUUUAGGUGAACGUUAAAGAACCCCCGGUGGUCGAUAUUUCCGGAGUCCUCCACUAUGGCGUGCCUCAUAAUCAGAAGGGUUUUGGUACGUAAAACCCCAUAUUUUUUAUACAACUGGUAAUGUUAUGGGCGCACGUCUGUUGCGUCAAAGUGCAAACUAGCUAUUUUGUGUUUGUCAACUGCAUGUCAGCAUAUGCAACACCGCCGAAAGCAACGGUCUUUGUGAGUUUGAACUUUAUAGUUGUGUACGAUAUGCGUUCUAGCUAAGUAAAUAUAUGGUGAAAACCCCACUGAUUUAUUUAUAUACUGCACUGUUAGCUUCUGCGCUGUGUGACAUAUAGCGGUUACUUGGGCUUUUAUGUGCGUUUGGCUUUAUUCGUAUAUGUACUAUCUACCAAAACGCCUUCCUUGCAGAAUGCAGAAAUUUGUACUGCGUAUAAAAAGACAAAAGUUGACAGAUGUCGUGCCCAUUUAAUUUCGUUGUUGUCAAUCAUUUCAUGUCGUGCAUUGCACAAUCGUUUAAGGCUACGUAACACUGGCCAAUGGGAUCAGAAAUGAUACCACAGCUUCACUGCUCAACCACCUUCACAACGUGGAUUGGAGCCCAGUAUUUCAGUAUUAUAUUCUGCUGCUUCUAUACUGCCAAUUAUUCACACGGCGUUAAUUCUCUUUGUUUGGCAAGCUCCUUAGAUGCCCAUGUAUUCUUUUAUGACUGGUUGUAGUUCUUCCUCGGUGGGAGUGUUUGGUUUCGCGUGUAAAGCGCGCAUUUUGCCGAGUAGUAAUAUUUUGCCAUCUUUAUUUGAAAUGCUCUGUCAAACGUGUAUUUUCUUUUCUCGUAUUAUUGUGUCAUCUUUAGUUGUUGUUUUCUGGUGUGCGCAAUGGCCAUGAUUAUAGGCUUUCAACUUUAUUUACGAUGUUGAUAUUAUUAGCAUAGUAAACUGCUGAAAACGCA